GGAGCCUGCCUUCGGCGCUGCGUCCGCUCUGCCUGCGCUCUGCCUUCUCGGCGGCUGCCCCGCCACCCCGUCCCGCUGCCUCCAUGACCCGCAGUAGAAAGCAGGCGGCGCUGGAGAGAGGAGCCGGGAAGAUGAGCACAGAGGCGGGCAGUACCGCGGCGGCGGCCGCGGGAGCCCGGGCGGCGACGGCUGCGCCAGCAGCAGGGGCGGCGGGCGGCGAACCGGCGGCCGCCGCCUGGGGGCUGGAGGGGGAGGCGGAGAAAGUUGUGUACUCGCGCUCGCAAGUCUCCUUCGCCGGCACCAAGGCGCUGGGCGACGCCCUCAAGCUCUUCAUGCCCAAGUCCACGGAGUUCAUGAGCUCCGACUCGGAGCUGUGGAACUUCCUCUGCAGCCUCAAGCACGAGUUCUCCCCGGUCAUCCUCCGCAGCAAGGACGUCUACGGAUACUCUUCCUGCCGCGCCGUCGUCCCCGACCCUCCGCCGCCCUCGGAGCGGCCCCGCCGCCGCGCCGGCAAGCGGCGCCUCCCGGCCGUCGACGCCAAGCGCCGGGCUGGGGCGGCGGGCGGCAGCGCCAAGCGGCGGCGGCGGCGGCGGCGCCGCAGGAGGGAGCGGGGCCGGCAGCGGCCCGCGGCCGGUGGCCCCCGCGCCCGGGAGGAAGAGGCGGCGGCGCCGGAGCCGUCGGGCGAGCAGGCGGACAGCGAGCAGGGCAGCCCGGCGGCGCCGGCCGCCUGGGAGCCGUUCAGCGGCAAGUCGCUGGAGGAGAUCUGGAAGGCGGCCACCCCCCGCCUCACCACGUUCCCCACCAUCCGUGUGCGGGGCAGCAUGUGGAGCCAGCGGAGCCUGGCGGCGGCGCGGCGGCGGGCGCAGCGGAUCCUCGGCGUGGACCUGUCCCCCGUGGUGCGGGUGCGCCGCUUCCCCGUGGCACCGUCCUGAGCCCGCGGGGCUCCGCUCCCCGCGCCUCACCUUGGCCGCGGUGCGGACAAAGAGACCGGUAUCAGUCACCUGUUUACAUUGCUUUUGUCUGGAUCGUGUUCUGCUGCUGCACUUUAUGGCCCGCUCGGGCGGCGCCGGGCCCCCCUCCGCAUGGGGGGCGGCCUGCCGGGCCCCGGCCUCGCCCCGGGCUGGGACCGCCUGGCAGGUAUCACGCGUGGGGACCAAGUUCCACUUCCACUUUUUUUUCUCUCCCAUUGGACUACCUCACUGGUCCAGAAGUCCACCCAAGAAGUUAUUUUCCAAAGGAACUUACUUUCAUGCUUGUAUAAUAAAGCACCAUCUGAUUCUU